AUGGCAGAGGGCGUUGUAGCGUUGCUGAUUGCAAAGCUCGGUUUUGCCUUAGCAAAAGAGGCAGCAACCUUUGGCGCAUCGCUGCUAUGCAACGAGGCAUCUGCCAUCAGGGGCCUCUUCGGCGAGAUCCGUGAGGCCAAGGAGGAGCUGGAGAGCAUGCAUGCCUACCUCCAAGGGGCGGAGCGGUUCAAGGACACCGAUGAGACUACCCGUAUUUUUGUCAACAAGAUCAGGGGCUUCGCCUUCGAGAUUGAGGAUGUGGUCGAUGAGUUCACCUACAAGCUGGAAGACAAGCAUGGUGGAUUCACUAAGAGGAUGAAGAAGAGGGUCAAGCACAUCAAGGCAUGGCAUCGUUUGACACUCAAGCUUCAGGAUAUCAAGGGCAGGCUUCAGAGUGCAGACAGGAGAAAGGUCCGCUACAGCAUGAGAGAGAUGGAUAGAGAGGGGAGGAACGGUGGCCACUCUAGAUCUGCUGACCAUUCUCUGAAUCUUGUGAGGGGAGAGGAUCUUGUGGGCAUUGAGAAGAACAAGGACAAGCUGAUGCACUGGCUCGUGGGUGAUUUGGAGGAGCCACGAAGCAAAAUUGCAACUAUUUGGGGAAUGGGAGGUGUGGGUAAGACCACUUUGGUUCAUCAUGUGUACACGGCCGUGAAGAUGGACUUUAAUAUUUCUGUGUGGAUAAGUGUAUCAAGUAGCUACCAAGUUGAAGACUUGCUGAAAAAGAUUGCAAGUGAAUUGGGUAUCCCAAAUAGUGUUGCCAACGAAAACAGAAGCUUGGUUGAGGUAAUCCAUAAUCAUCUGGAGGGUUCAAAUUAUCUCAUAAUCCUGGAUGAUGUUUGGAAUGUGGAUGUCUGGUUUAAGAUUAGGAAUGCAUUUCCUACAGAAAGCACUGGUCGAUUUGUUAUCACCACUAGAAUUCAGGAGGUAGCAUUGCUGGCAACAAAAACCUAUACAAUCAAACUCGAACCAUUGGAAAGAGAUUACGCGUGGCAGCUAUUUUCCAAUGAAGCCUUUUGGAAAAAUGACAACAAAACAUGCCCAGAGGAACUAGAAAAUUUAGCUCAGAUGUUUCUCAAUAAAUGUGGUGGCUUGCCAAUUGCUAUUGCUUGUGUAGGCCGCUUGUUGUCAUGCCGGCAUCCAACUUACAGCCAGUGGGAAAGUCUAUACGAGGAGUUAGAGUCGCAACUCAGUAAUAAUGUGAUCCUCGAUGUCAACAUUGUUCUGAAAGUCAGCUUGGAGGACCUUCCAACUGAUUUAAAGAAUUGUUUUCUGCACUGCACAAUAUUUCCAGAGGGUCGUCUAUUCGGAAGGAAAAGGUUAAUCAGGCAUUGGAUCGCAGCUGGAUUCAUUAAAGAAGCAGGGAGCAAAUCAUUGGAGGAAGUGGCAGAGGGCUACCUUUACGAACUUGUAAACAGAAGCCUACUGCAGGUGGUCCAGCGGAAUUCAUAUGGUCGAGUUCGCAGGUGCCGAAUGCAUGACAUCAUCCGUGUUCUUGCUCUUGCUAAAUCAGAAGAGGAAUCCUUUUGUCAAUUUUACAAUGGCUCAAGGCCUUUUUAUACCAAGAAUACGCGUCGCCUGUCAAUUCAGGGUACAAGCAGGGAACAAUUGACCGUAUUGUCAAGUGCAACAAGUCUUCGCUCUCUGCAUGUUUUUGACAGCCACCUGAGAAUAGAUUUUCUAGAGGCUUUCCUCAGACCUUUCAGCUUGCUGUCAACAUUGGAUUUGCAAGGAGUUCAAAUCAAGAGACUACCCAAGAUGGUCUUCAACUUGUUUAAUCUGCGCUUUCUAGGUCUUCGAGAUACUCAUAUUGAAUAUCUCCCAAAAGAAAUAGGGAGGUUACAUAACCUGGAAGUCCUGGAUGCUUGCAAGGCGAUGCUAUCGGCACUUCCAGUGGAAGUGGCCACACUUCGGAAACUGAAAUACUUGUUUGUGAUUACUGUUCUGGCUGGAGCUUACGGGAGAUUUGUUGUUUUUGAUGGGAUCCAGGUGCCGAAGGCUAUCGGCAAUUUGACCGACUUGUUGGCCCUGCAAUAUAUCGAAGCUAACAGUGAGGUGCUGUGUCAUCUAGGAUGCUUAACCAAGUUAAGAACUUUUGGUAUCAGUAAAGUCAGGAAUGGUCAUUGUGCAGAUUUGUGUGGGGCGAUCUCGAAAAUGGUUCAUCUUGUUCAUGUAGGAAUCUUUGCACUUGAUCAAACGGAAGUCCUCCAGCUGGAGGCACUUCGCUUACCUCCAACUGUUUCAAAAGUAGAGAUAUAUGCGCAGCUAGACGAAAGAACUCUACCUCAGUUUGUCUCAUCCAGUUCAAAACUUAUUAACCUCACGGAUUUAGCGUUGUGUUGGUCCAAAUUAUAUGAAGAUUCUUUUGCAUGCCUCAUGGGUUUGCAUGGCUUAGUUAAACUUGUCCUUGGUAAGGCUUAUGAUGGAGAGGAGCUACACUUCCGUGCAACAUCGCUUCCAAAACUCAAAGCACUAGGGAUAUGGGGUGCUCCGAAUCUCAACAGAGUUGCAAUUGAACAAGGUGCGAUGAAAAACAUUGUUGACCUAAUUCUCAGAGACUGUCCAGUAUUGGACGAUCUUCCUCAUGGCAUCGAGCAUCUCAGAACCCUCGAGUACCUGGAGUUGCACAAUAUUUCUGAAGAGCUGACACGGAAGCUUCAAACAAAUGAGGAAUCAAAGGAACACGAUGAAGAUUGGAUGAAAAUUAACCAUGUGAGACGGGUUGUGGUUAUUUAG